AUGGUAUUCAAAAAAUUUUUAGAGCUGUUAGAUCUUUCAGGUCCUGAAUUAGAAAACACCCAGCAAGAUUUUUUACAAGAAGCAGAAUCUCUUAUUGCCCAACAUCACAAGGGAGUAAACGAGAGUAAGGCUCACAGUACGUCUAUAGAUGUUUUUAAAAAGAAGCACCACAAAUCGAAAACUGGGAAAUACCUACCUUUUGAGAUUAAGAAAAGUGACAUCCCCGAUGUGGUUCAAGAACAUCGUACAGCACUCAGAAACAUUGGCUAUCCUAAGGACACUUCCAAAUUCACACCUUUAAAGGAGCCCACACAGGAGGGCUUCUGCAAGGAGCAGAAUAUAAAAGAAAAGUUCAAGCCUGUAGAUAUUUUCGAAAAAGAAAAAGUCAAUCUGGGUAAAAUAAUGACCGAUAUUGAAUCUGUGAGUAAGAAAAUGGAGAAAGAAAAGCAGCUGCAAAUGAGGAAGUUCAGAACUUUGGAACCCAUCCAUUCCCACACCAGAUUGCCUUUCCAGCAUGUGACCUCUUCUAUGGGACUUCUGAAAGAACCAGUUAAGUUAGGAGAGAAGAAAGGAGCACAGAUGGAGAAAAUGACUCCUGUGAGUCUGCAAAAGAGGAAAGGGCAAGAAGGAGAAGACAUUCUAGGAGGGGAGAUCCUCAUGCUUGUUAUGGAGAACUUGAAACCUCUUCAGAGAAAUUUAUCACUUACCAAGACAGAAUGGAAGUCAGAAAAAAGGCUAAAGACGGUUGUAAAGCCUGAUAAAUUAGACAAAAAAGUUAAAAGGAUUGGACCGCACAUUGAAAUUUACCAAGUGUUCCAGGAGAAAAACAAACGCCAAUUGACUAAAAAAAUCACUAGGCUGAUCACUGUCAUGCAAGCGUUUAUCAGGGGAUGGCUUGAGCGCAAGAGACUGCAAAGAAUAAAGACCAAGGCUUCAUAUCAUGGGCCGAGUUUGAAAGCGGUUAUAACCAUGUAUCAGUGCUUAAUCCACCGUGUUAGACACCGGCUGGGUCUUUGGAGGACAAAACAGAUCAUAAAGUUUGACGAGGUAGAAGAAUGGAUGGACAGGAAAAAAUUCUACGAAACCAUGUUUGCCAAGAGAGAAGACUGGCAGGGCCUGGACAGAGGUGAGCUGCUCAAGUACUUCAACGACUGCGGCCACUUCCCCACGCAGGCCCAGGUCGACGAGUUCUGGAAUCUCUACCAAAAGGGUAUUCAAGGAAAAUAUUCUGAGGUAAUCAAAAAGUCCCAUGCAGUUGAACUGUUAUUUACACUGUAUCCUCCUGAAGGCGCCAAAGUGAGCAGUGGCACAAGACUCCGGUCUACAUGGCUGAGACCUUUGGUGGAUGGAGAAGAAGGCUAUAAGUACAUAGUAAAUGGACAUCCAAUACUCAAGAGAGCUAACAUCCGGACUGUUGGCAAGUUGGUGGCAAGAUCCAUAAGAGAAAGGAAAAUGAGGCAAGUUUAUAAGUCAUAA